AUGAACGCCCCCGACAGAUACGAGCGAUUCGUCGUCCCUGAAGGCACCAAAAAGGUUUCUUAUGAUAGGGACACGAAGAUCAUCAAUGCUGCUUCCUUCACGAUUGAGAGAGAAGACCAUACCAUUGGAAACAUUGUCCGCAUGCAACUUCACCGCGACGACAAUGUUUUGUUCGCUGGAUACCAACUGCCUCAUCCUCUCAAGUACAAGAUCAUCGUCAGAAUUCACACAACAAGCCAGUCUUCCCCGAUGCAAGCAUACAAUCAGGCCAUCAAUGACCUGGACAAGGAGCUUGAGUUUCUGAAGAGCCAAUUUGAGGCAGAGGUGGCCAGGUUGUCGGACCCGACUCAGUACUAA